GGCCGGAGUCCGACCCCUGGGGUGGGGAUGUCAGCGAAGGGUUUUUACUUUAUCCUUUGCUAAGUACUCAAGUGUACAGAACUAGGGUUUGUAGCAAUUGUGUUUCUUGCGUCGAUUUCGACCGGGUGAAUAUAUUUAUGCAGUGGAAAAGGACAAAGCCUCUCAAUAAUUACAUGCCGAAGAGCUAAAAGCGCAAAAGAAGUUUUAUGAAGACAUCGAAUAUGGUGGGAAAAAGCUUGAGGAAAAGGAUUAAAAAAGGGUCUUUUUAUAAUUUAUUUAUAUAGCGAGGCUGGUGUUUGCCCGCGGCCAAAUUAGCGUACGCCCACUUCGAUUUACGUUUGCUCGUGCGCUCUGGCCACAUUGCUGGCUUCUUUUCUGGAAAAUAAUAAGUUAAGAGAGGAAGAUAAACUCAAAGCUUUUAAGGUGUCAAGGUCGGCGUUGGUUCCGGGAUCCUUUUGAUUUGAAAAGAAGUACAUUGUUCUAUGAAGAGUGGAUGCAGUGAGAGUUUCUUGGCCUAGGAAAGGGAAAAAGGGAAUUGACUACUGUCUGUAUAACUCUACUGCAAAUAUGGAGGAUGAGAAUGGCCUUGAGCUAAGCUUGGGCCUUUCUUGUGGAGGAUCUUCAGGGAAAUCUAAAGGAAGAGAUGCUCCAUCAGAUACCUCAUUAGAUGAAGGUAGUAGUUCCAAAUUGUUAGGCGGCAACAUAACUACUUCUGACAUCUCAUUCAAGAACUUCUUGCAAACAAGUGCUGAGAACCAAGUCCAUAGUGGGAAACAAAAGGGUGAUCCAGUUUCACCAUCGCAUGAGAACUUCUGGACAGACCUUGGGAAGCAUGCUGCCACUGUGGCAAAUGUCUCUAAAGAUGUGCAGAGCAGUCAAUCACAGUUCACCAGGUAUCAACAGCCGUGGAUCCCAAAUAACAAAACAACUGACAGUGAGCAACAGAAAUCAGGUAUCAACAAACGAAAAUUGUCAUUCGAGGAGAUAAAUAUUCAAAAGAAGCAUGAAAAGGUAGUUGACCAUGGUGAUGAUGCACAAGUUAAGGGCCUUGCCGGUGUUAAUUUAUUAAAAAGGUCCCCCAUUUCAGUUACUGCAGAGGAUGCUUCAUCUGGUGAAAAUGAGGAUGUUGCAGAGUCAGAAGCAGAAGGCUCAAACUCUUGGUUGGUUUCACAGCGUGAGGACAAUUCCAAACGCUCUGAAGUUCCCAAAGUUGCCGACAAACAUGUUUUAAAUGACCACAGUGGAAUUAGUUUUCAAAGGCAGAAACAGCUGUCUUUCUCAGGAAAUGAUUCCAAUCCUGAAAUCGGGAAAGUGGCAUAUGGGAUUCCAUUGCCACUUCAACCACUGACUGUCAUGUCUGUACCCUAUUCAGUACCAGUUAAGGUAUCAACUACUUCAGGUGCGCCUAAUGCAACAGGGGUUCCUUCACCAUGCGUUGUGCAACUGAUGCCUCUUGCAAAUAAUGAACGGCCUGUGGUCCAAACAAUGAAUACUAGCAACCUGCAGCUUGCUUUUGGUUAUUCUCCAGUCCAGCUUCCGACAUUAGAGAGAAGUUCUUCAUGGGCUCUUGGUUCUCAGCCUCAGCAUGCGUCUUCCUUUGCUAUAAAAGACAAUGCUGAUGGAGCCUCACAACAUUCCGAGGAUGACAUGAAGAGAUCUCAUGCUUUCACAUAUGAGGGAAAGUCAUCAGAGUUGGCAAAAGGCAGUGGUAAACAUAUUGGGGAGGCUGGUGCAUCCUCUUCUUCUCAGGUUGAAGAGGAGGGCAGGGGAAGCAAUACAAUCUUUAGGCAAAAGGAAACAACAAACCAACCUGUAGCAGAAAGCUUUUCUCAUGAAGGAUGUGCUAUAAGGCCAGGUAUAUUUGCAUCAAAUUUGAAGUUUGGAGGAUGUGGUUCUUGUCCAGAUCUUCCAUGGGUUUCGACCACUGGACCAGGCCCAAAUGGGAAAACCAUAUCUGGUGUUACCUACCAAUUUGACAGAAACCAAAGAAAGAUUGUCUGUGCCUGCCACGGGUCUCACAUGACCGAAGAAGAGUUUAUUCAACAUGCAAGUGCAGAUGCAUCCAACCAGGAAAAUAAUACAAGUUUAGCAUCAUUUCCUGCUAGCAAUCCAGCGGCUUCAGCCCAGAACUAAUUCUCAAGCUUUCCAGAGUUUUGUGAGAACAUCUACCGUAAUAGUGAAUUAUGCAGCAGGAUGCUGCGGAAUGAAUUGGUAUGUUUGUCAAGCUAUCUCAUGUUUCUUGAUCCAUUUGUAGUCUCCUUAUCUCUCUUUCCAGUGUUUGGAGAAAUCCUUCCACUUUAUGUAAUCAUCUAGUUGCAAUUGUAGACAGUUAUAAAAACAUGAAUCAUCGAUCCCUGGACCAAUUUAUAUGAGCCUUACCUGCUAA